AUGGGCGAUUACGUUAGCGUUGGUGACACGGCAGCGCAGAACGUUAUGGCGAUGGCGUUUCUUCACAAGUCAGCUAAGACGAACUUCAUAGCAUCUGCUUGUUCAUCGUUUGCCAAGCGGAUGUCCUACGAGAGUGCGAUUUUCAAGAUUGGUCAUGCAUCACUUCUAGGAGUUAUUGCGGACAUGGUGCGGCAGAAGUGCUUGCUGGGCGGCAUCGAGAUCGAUGUCCAGAAGACACCGAGGGCAGCAUUCGAGGACAGCUUCGGGAAGAAGUGCCAGGGCGAGGUGUUGAAGUUCGGAGCGCCUGCACUGCUCAAGCUCGCAGUGGCGGCGACUGGGGAGGGCGCCUUCGCUACCAGGACGGUGAGGCGCGCGUCAGCGACCGACCAGGUGAAGGCCGAUCUCGUGAAUGGGAUCAAGGGCGCGCCGUGGACAGUCGCGCUGCCGAUAUCGCCAUCACCUGGAUGA